CUGUGUUUAUUGCACAAGUAUUACCAUGUAAACAAAAUAUGGCUGACCAGAUUUUAAAGGCUAUCAUGAAAUUUCUAUGGAUUGGAAAAGUUGAAAGGCCGAACAAAACUGUAGUUUAUCGUCCUGUUAGUCAAGGGGGACUGGGAAUGGUCAACACACAUCUUUUUUACCGUUCCCUUUUCUUGUGUCCUAUGUAUAAAGUCCUGACAGGCCCCAAUAGUCCAGAAAGCUCUCUACUUCGUUAUUGGAUGUCCUUUCCUCUUCGAACCGUACUACCUCUCUACAAGAACAACACCGUACCCGUUGCAGUUAUGAAGAGGCCCACUUACCUUCAGGAACCCCUGCACCAAAUAAAACAACUAUUUGCCUCUUCGAUCCUGGUGCAGGGGAGUCCAAUGGUGCACAGGAAAACAUACAACCAUUGGAUCCUGGAGGUGACCACUUUGGGGAAGCUGGAGAUCCUAAGGCCUAACCUGGAUUGGCCACGUAUCUGGAAGGAGACUGCAGCCCUGCCAAGCAACAUCAGAGAAACCAUGUUCCUUUUCAACCAGCGACUUCUCCCUACCAGGACCAGAUGCCAUCGGUUAGAUCCUUCCAAAGAUGCAACAUGUCCAAUCUGCCAUCAGCACCCAGAAACCGAUGAGCAUCUGACAUUCCAAUGUCCUGAACGCCACAUCGUUUGGAGCUGGUUGGAAGGAACCAUACGUCAAAUGGGCUGCAAGUCUUCCAAAGAAGAUCUCAUUCGUGGCCAUUUUGGGCCAAUAGGUAAUCUCCGGCAAACAUUUACUCUUCUGGCUGCAUACAUCUUCAUCACCUGGAAAGCAAGAAAUACCCAUCGUAUCCCUCGCCAAGAAGAAGUAGAGAGCUUAUGGAAAGCACUUUUUCCUCCCAGUCCACUCCUUUCCAUUUAGUCUUCCCUUUUAGUUCCGUUUUGUUCUUUUAUAUUGCUUUUGUAUAUAUUUCCCUGCCUCUAUUUGUAAAUCCUUUGUUUAUUUUUGUUUUUUUGGUGUCUGCUAGACAAUUGCUUUUGUUUACCUUUGGUUUUUUGUUUUUCUUGUAUUAAUCUACCUCAAUAUUUGUUCGCAUUUGUUUGUUUUUGUUA